GAUACAGAAAGGAGUCUUCUGCAUAUUGCAUGCGAGUAUGGGUCUCUAGACAUGAUCAAAUGGCUAGUCGAGUGUGGAUUGCUACCUUGUGACAUAGACAAAGAUGGACAUACACCGUUGUAUUAUUGCUGUAGUUCAAAAGGAAAUCAUAUCGAAAAACUUAAAUAUUUGUGCCUUAAUGGGGGGGAUUUAAGAAUCGACCAAGGUGAAACUCUUCUACAUAUAGCAUGUUCAGCUAGUCCACUGGAAACCGUCAAAUAUCUUUACAGCCAAGAUUUGGAUGUCAACAGUACAACGUUAACUGGAGAAACUCCACUUCACUGUUGCAGCAUUAAUCCCGUAGACCCAUUGGGAAUUCUUAAAUAUCUGGUUUCAGUUAGUGUUGAUGUUGAAGCAGUUAAUUUUUUCAACGUAGGAGUUCUUCAUUCAUUUUCUCAAUGGGGUAAUUUAGCUUGUGUUCAGUUUUUGGUUCAGAACGGACUUAAUGUGAAUUCUAAAGACGAUAAUGGCCGAACUCCUUUACACUAUACUUGUGAAUCUAAGGUGCAAGCUUUCGAGAAACUGAAAUAUUUGGAGGAUAAUGGUGGCGAUUUAUAUGAUAAAGAUAUUCACCAACGAAGUCUAUUGCACGUUGCAUGUGGAUCCCAAAACCUGGAAUUCGUUGAGUAUCUUUUAUCUCGGAAACUUAGAAUAAAUGAUAUUGAUUUUUGGCAUCAAAAUACACUUUCAUAUUGUUGUAAAUCGGAGGUGUUUCAGAUGGAAAUAUUGGAACAUCUCAUCAGAAAAGGAGGGAACAUCAUGGACACGGACGACCAAGCAGAGACGCUUCUGCACUUCACGUGUCGGUGGUGUCAGCUGGAUCUAGUGAAGUAUUUUGUUGGUGAAGGACUGUCGGUGAACUAUGAGAACAAUUUUGGGUUCACACCUUUG